CUGUGGGCUGGACUUUCUCGUUUUACCAGCAGCCACUGAUUGACAUUCCAGCAGCUCCAAGCGCGCAUUCAUUGCUGUUAUGGAAACCAGAAGCUGCGGCAGUUGCAAGGCUUUGUGAAGGGGAGAACAUGGGUCCUUGGUUAUUGGAGCAGCAGGAGAAAUGGCCAGAUCAGCGAGCAGCAACGGCGACAGCAACGACACCGUGUCUCCCCAAGACCGGGCUGAGGUUCGGGAGCUGUACGACCCAAAGGAGCUGUCGUUGGAAGAAGUGCUGAAAUCCUACGAACAGCCCAUUAAUGAAGAACAGGCAUGGGCGGUGUGCUACCAGUGCUGCCGGGGAUUAAGUCAGCUCCUCCCGCUAGAGGACCAGCAUGUGUUCGGGAGAGUCAAGGAUCCUGGAUCUAUAUUGUUGCACAAGGAUGGGACAGUCACCUUGUAUAGGGAUCAAAACACCCAAGAUGCGAAUAGGAAUCACUCCGAGCAGGCAUCUUCAGACGGGCAGAUUGUGCAGUCCCUGGGCUUCGCCAUCUACCGUGCGCUGGACUGGGGCCUGGACGAGAGCGAGGAGCGGGAGCUGAGCCCUCAGCUGGAGCAGCUCAUCGACCUGAUGGCCAACGGGGAUAGCGAGGGGGGCAGCAGCGGCACGGCAGACGAGGGCUACAGCGGUCAAGAGGAAGAGGAGGAGCCUGAGUCAGAGGUCCUGCCCCGCACCGUGCGCUCCUUCCACCAGGUGAUGGCAGUGUGUGCUGCCCGACUCUCCAACCCCUCUGAGGCCCAGACCCACUACCAGGCAGUCUGCCGAGCCCUCUUCGUGGAGACCUUGGAGCUCCAGACCUUCCUCAUCAAGAUCAAGAACGCCAAGGAGAUGCUGAACAAGAUCCGAGCAGAGGAGAAACCUGACGCAGGACCCACAGCUGAGUUAGAUAACCUCGGGCACACAGACUGGACGCGGCUCUGGGUGCAGUUGAUGCGAGACCUGAGGAAUGGUGUCAAGCUGAAGAAGGUCCAGGAACAGCAGUUUGACCCGCUGCCUACAGAGUUUGAGCUCACCCCCUUCGAGAUGCUCAUGCAAGACAUCCGCGCCCACAACUUCAAACUGCGCAAGGUCACGGUUGAGGGUAGCAUCACAACGCGGGUAAAGAAGGAUGCUCACGAACUCAUCCUGGAUUUUAUCAGAUCUCGACCUCCAUUAAAACCGGCGUCUGAAAGGAGACUUCGGCCACUGCCUGAGAAGGAGCACACCCUCCAUGAGAAAAUCCUGGCAGGAAUCAAGCAAGAGAGGAAGUUGCGACCAGUGGAGUCCCCCUGCCAGAACAGGAGAGAUUUUGGCUCCCUGCCCUGCAUUGUCCAGGCCUGGUCCAGUGAUGUGAUGUCCACCUCUUGCAUUGACCUCUCCAUGCCAGAGGGUGCUGCCAGACCCCCCCAACAACGCCCCCGGGUUCUGCUCAAAGCCCCAACCCUGGCUGAGAUGGAUGAGUUGAAUAUCUCUGAGGAAGAAGAGUCUCCGAACGGGGAGAUGAGGAGGGUGGAGAGUUCGCCUGUGCCUCUGAAGCGCAACCACUCCUUCUCUGAGCGAGACCUGGUCGAGCUGCAGAGCGAGAUGGCACUGUCACAGUCUGCGUCGGCACACCUGGCUGGGAGAGGGGAGCGACCGCGCUCUGGAAGUGUGGGCCUCUCAUCUAGGGAUGCAAUUCACUAUAGGGCUUCUCUCCCUGCUGGGGGUCUGGCAGCCAAGAGAUCAGUGGCGUUCUCACCUGGUAGAAGCUCCCUUAGCUCAGUGGAGGAGAGAUCAGAGAGAGACGGCAGCUCCUUGUCCAAACACAGCUCCACGAACCAGUCUAUGGAGGAGUUCAGCCAUCCUGUGGAGAGUCUUACUCUGACCAUAGAGGAGGUGAUCAACGUGCGCAAGGUGUUGGUGAAAGCUGAAAUGGAAAAGUUUCUUCAGGACAGGGAGCUGUGCAAUAACCUGAAGAAGGGGAAGGUGAACAAACAGACUGCUGUUUGUUGCUGCUGUCGAGUGAAGUUCCCAUUGUUUUCAUGGCCAUCGAGUUGCCUCUUCUGCAAAAGAAAUGUGUGUGGAUCCUGCAGUGUAAAGAUGAAGAUCCCUUCAAAGAAACUGGCACACCUACCUGUUUACGCUGUGGGUUUCGAGAGCACUGGAGGCCGCCAUUCCAAGAAGCAUGACGUCUAUCAGUCUCUAAGGAGUCUGAGCUGCCGGUCGGUUGAAGAGGAGUUCCCCCAUCUCUAUGCCAACGGCUGCAGUCUGAAGGACAUCUGCACUGAGUGCACCAAGUUUGUCGGUGAUGUCAUCACCUCGAGCCGGAAGAGUUUGGACAUUCUGAACAACACACCCAGAAAAGCCCAAUCCCUGCGUGUCCCUCCUGGGAGGUGUGCAAAGUAUAAACAAACUCCUUUUCCACUCGGGACUUCAUUCAGCCAUCUCUGAACUGAAAAACCAUUGCGUUCCUUUACCGGCAUGUUCCAAGUAAUGCAGUAUUGCCUGUGAUAGCUUCUCCUUCAGGUUCUCUCCUGAAGCGCAUUCCUCAGCACCUUGUCUGAAAGAGUAGCUCUACAACCAGCCAGGUGUGGCCUUGCAAACCCACGGAGUGUGUUGCCAUUGGCUUUGCAAAUCACAAAAUCAUUGUAAAGGUAUUUAAUGAAUGUGAUUGCGAUCCACAACCACAUCUGAAAUAGGCCUUCUGUAUUGGUGGGCAGAGCAAUGUUCUGCCUUACCUGAACAAGUGCAACUUGGAUUAAAAAUAAGGACCAGUAUGCCCAGCAGCAUGGGAUUAUGAAACUCCAGAAACUUGAAAAAGACACUAACCUUUCUUUACUGUCCACACAGAGAACUAGCGAAUAUUCUUUAUCUAAGCUUUUAUAGUUCAUCAAGACUUCCGUCAUAACCACCAUGGAUUUGGCUAGAGAUGUACAGUAAUUCCUGAUCGAAGAUUUGUAUGUAUAUAAACAACACAUGUGUAUUGCUAUUGCUGCUGCUGAAGAAUGAAAGAAAAUGCACUUAUAAAGUGUAAAACAGAGGAACACUGUUGGUUGUCUUUGUGUAUAUAUGAGGAGUAACUUUUUUUUUUUUUUAAUGCCUCUGCAGACAAGUAUGAUGUACAGUAUUUACAUUGAAUUCUGCAAUCCAGACCUCAUAUUGAGACAUGUUAUCCAAACCAGUAGCUGGUGUGUUAAUUGAUAGCUUGGGAAUGUUUUCAUUUUAAUCACAUAGCUCAACAGGGUAUUUACACUGGAAUGGUUGCAUUUCCAAGCAUUGAGUUCUGUGGUUGCAGAAUUACAUCAAGGCUCCUAAAGCAUGAAGAGCCAAGAUUAAUUUUCAGAAUGACAAUAAUAAUCUAGACCUACUGAAGCUAACAUUUGAGGUCUUUCAAUAUGAUUGCUUCCCAGUUAAUUCAAAAAAGGGUUAACUUUGUUUUUGUGUCCUGCUGCUCUGGAGAGGUGAUGUUAUCAUGUUGUGUGUUUUUUUUUUUUUUUUUUUAGGUAUUUUUUUUAAAUAUAUAUACUUUGUUUGUGAUGUGUCAUGUUACCCUACAUUUGUUCUCAUGAGAAAACAUUGUAUGCUAGAUUUGUGACGAUAGGGGAAGCUACCUGGCUUUGAUUCUCCAGAUAGCUGUAUUAAAAUGGUGCCAACAGCAAAAGGAUCAUCUUAACGGAAUAAAAUGAAGCUGUAAUA